CUUUCUUGCCUCUGGAAUGCAGUGCAAGUCUUUCACUGGAUAUCAGUUUUCAUCUGGGGGAAUUAUUCGCUUGCCAAGGUUUGAGAUGGCAAUGGCAAAAGCCGAGGCAAACGAGAAACCUGUCCUACUUGCGGAAGAUGUUCAUAUUGUUACAAUGUAUGGUAGGAUAUACUGUUUGCAAGUUGAUAGGACUGCAAUGCUACUGCACUUGUAUAGGUUUUACCGGGAUGCCAUUGUACAACAGGGUUCUUUGCCAAUUUAUUCGAGCAAGAUUGCAGUCAGUGUGGUUGAUAAUGUACUAUCUGUCCAUCAAGUGGAUGCCAAAGUUGUUAUUUUGUACGACAUAUUUGCAGAUUCCUGGGCACCAAUAUCUGCUCCACUUCCUCUCCUACUGAGGGGUUUUCCAAGGGCUAAUAGUUCCUCCUCUUGAUUUAAUAGUAGGGAAACAGUCCAUGUAGAGGUAAGUGAAAUGAGUGAUCAUGAAGGUAUCAUCUAUGGAGAUGAGUGGACUUUUCUCAUUCCUGACCUUAUAUGUGAUGCUGCUCAUGGUACUUUGUGGAGGAUUCAUUUCGACUUAGAGGCUAUUGCUGCCAGUAACUCAGAAGUACCCUCUGUUUUAGAACUCUUGCAGCGUCGUAGACUGGAAGCCAGUAAGG